AAGUCCAAACUAUAUUUUUUUUGCUUUAGCUGAAAUUGGAAAAAGCAUGCGAAUCUUCAACUUCUAUGUUUUCUUACUUUGGAUCCAAAAACCUCAAAAAAACCUCCUUUCCUUACCUGCUCCUUUUGACCCUAACCCCAAUUCCCUUUAAUCCUCCAUGGGCAAAGGCGGUGGCUGUUUCCCAAGCAAAAAAAAACAUCCCACCUCCGCUGAAGACAUCACAACCAUCACCAACAGAGCACCCAUCGCCGCCGAUGAAGAAAUCCACGAAACUCCCACUGUUAUGGUGAAUUCUACGAAUAGCCAAUCGGUUACCGCCACUUUAAAAGUCUUCAUUGUGUUUUACUCCAUGUACGGUCACGUGGAGAAGCUGGCGAAGCGGAUGAAGAAAGGAGUCGACGGCGUGGAAGGUGUCGCGGCGGUUCUUUAUAGGGUUCCCGAGACGCUUCCGGAUGAUGUGUUGGAGCAUAUGAAGGCGCCGCCUAAAGACCCCGAGGUUCCGGAGAUAACGGCUGCGGAAUUGGCGGAGGCGGAUGCGGUUCUGUUUGGGUUUCCGACGAGGUAUGGGUGUAUGGCGGCUCAGAUGAAGGCGUUUUUCGACUCCACGGGGCAGCUUUGGAAGGAGCAGACGCUGGCUGGGAAGCCGGCUGGGUUCUUUGUUAGCACUGGAACUCAAGGUGGCGGCCAAGAAACCACCGCUUGGACGGCAAUAACCCAGUUAGCACACCAUGGAAUGCUAUUUGUUCCCAUUGGCUACACGUUCGGAGCUGGUAUGUUCAAGAUGGAUUCCAUACGAGGAGGUUCACCUUAUGGUGCUGGAGUUUAUGCUGGUGAUGGCACAAGAGAGCCAACUGAAACAGAGCUGGCUCUGGCAGAGCAUCAGGGAAAGUACAUGGCUGGUGUGGUCAAGAGGCUUUCUCAGGCAUGACAUUCCCCGGAUUUGGGGUCCCAUAUUCUGUUCAAUCGUCAUUAAUUGGAAUGUGUUUGGCUUUGUCAUUAGUCUUUGGCAGUUCUCCCGUUAUCCAUCAGCGUGAAAGAUGUCACCUAGUAUUGCUACCCUUUCUUCCAUUCCUUUUUGUCAAUUCCAUUCAGUUGGGAAGGAUGUACAUGAUUUGAUAUUCUUCUGUCUUGGCUAAUCAAAUAAGAUGUCUUUGUAUGGGAAUUGGGAUUCUUCGGUUGUAUAAUUUUCUCCGUGUAAUUCACUCAAAGCUUGAUUUAAUAAACUUUCAUUUUCUUUUCUAGUCAUUCAAAAUCACUCUGAAUUCAUCGGUAUCAUCAUGUUCAUUAAUGGAGGAUUUUCUAUCCAUUUU